AUGUCAAUUCUAGUUACCUAUGCCACAGCAAAAGGCGCAACGAGUGAGAUCGCCGAGAGGAUCGCCGAGCAUCUUAAAACGUUUGCCGCGUCUGUCGAGGUUCGUCCAACUAAAGAAGUCUCUGCUACGUCUUUACAUACCUAUUCCGCUAUUAUUGUGGGCAGCGCAAUUCACGCAGGAUUGUGGCUGACGCCCGCGCGCCACUUUAUUCGUGACAACUCUACGACCCUAAGUUCACAGCAAGUGUGGGCAUUCAGUGUGGGCAUGCCGCCGAAUGAGGAAGAACGCAUGAACGAAGAGCGCAUGAUGGAUGGGAAGAUCCGAAAAGUUCUACCGGCGCUGCGUGGCCACAAGCUGUUCCAGGGCCGUUUUAAAAAACAGGAUCUACCGUGGAUUAUACGUAUUAUUUUCGCAUGCUGCGUACCUAAAAACAAGACGAAGUGGGGCGACGCGAGGAACUGGGAAGAGAUCGAGGUAUGGUCGGAAAAUGUUGGGAGAGAGAUUACCAGUGGAAGCUCAGUGGGCAUGGCUUGA